ACCACUUCCACCAUGAAGACAGCAGCUGCCAUUUUAUUCCUCACUCUGGGGCUCUUCUCCAGCUUUCAGGAUGCUGUCGGCCAGGGUCAUCGGGGUUUCUGCAGUGAGUACCAGAGUCGUCCAACUUUCUGCACCUUGGAGUACAACCCGAUCUGUGGCACUGAUGGCAAGACAUACGGCAACAAAUGUGCCUUUUGUAGUGCAGUCUUUGAAAACCUUGGAAAUCUUUGCUUUGACCAGUAUGGAGAAUGCUGAAUCCUCAGGGGUGCUGAGUGCUGAUAUGGAGCUGAACCCCAUUUGCUUCUAGUUCCCACCAGCAGAUCCCCACAUGGAGCCAUGUUCUCGACUCAUCCUCCAUUUCCAGGGCUCC